UUUCAAGUCCUAACAAUGGGAGAAGAGACUAACAUGGGAGGGUCAUUGCUUCUGAUCUGCCUGAUUGCUUCAUGGUUUUUCAUACACAGAUGGAGUCAGAGGAACAAGAAAGGCCCCAAAACUUGGCCUUUUCUUGGAGCUUCUAUUGAGCAAUUGAUGAACUAUGGUAGGAUGCAUGAUUGGCUUGUCCAAUAUUUUUCCAAGUCCAAAACUGUUGUGGUUCCUAUGCCGUUCACAACUUAUACAUAUAUUGCUGAUCCUGCUAAUGUGGAACAUGUGCUAAAGACAAACUUCAAUAACUAUCCUAAGGGUGAAGUGUAUCAUUCUUAUAUGGAAGUGCUACUUGGAGAUGGGAUAUUUAAUGUUGAUGGUGAGCUUUGGAAGAAACAAAGGAAGACUGCAAGCUUAGAGUUUGCAUCAAGAAAUUUGAGGGAUUUCAGUACCAAAGUUUUCAGGGACUAUGCUUUAAAACUCUCUGCAAUUCUCAACCAAGCAUCUAUACUCAACCAAAUAGUAGACAUGCAGGAGUUGUUGAUGAGAAUGACUUUAGACUCCAUAUGUAAGGUGGGUUUUGGAGUGGAAAUUGGAACUCUGGCUCCUGAUUUACCAGACAAUAGUUUUGCUCAUUCCUUUGAUACUGCAAAUAUCAUAGUCACACUCCGCUUCAUCGAUCCACUAUGGAAAAUCAAGAAAUUUCUAAAUAUAGGCUCAGAAGCACAACUUGACAAAAGCAUCAAAGUCAUCGAUGAUUUCACUUACUCAGUGAUUCGGAGAAGGAAGGCAGAGAUAGAAGAUGCUACUAAGAAUGGCCAACAAAAUCAGAUAAAACCUGAUAUAUUAUCAAGAUUCAUAGAACUUGGAGGAAGAAAUGCAACAGACAAAAGUCUGAGAGAUGUUGUGUUGAAUUUUGUGAUUGCUGGCCGUGACACAACUGCAACAACUCUAUCAUGGGCCACAUAUAUGGUGAUGACACAUCCUCACGUUGCUGACAAACUUUACUUGGAGCUCAAAGCUUUUGAGGAGAAUCGAGCAAAGGAAGAGAGUUUUUCCUUGGUUCAAUGUGACAAAGGGGACCCUGAAUCAUUCAAUCAAAGAGUAGAGCAGUUUUCAUGGUUAUUGAAUAAAGAUUCACUAGAGAGAUUGCACUAUUUGCAUGCUGUCAUAACGGAGACACUAAGAUUGUACCCUGCAGUUCCUCAGGAUCCAAAAGGCGUUCUAGAGGAUGAUGUUUUACCAGAUGGUACCAAAAUAAAAGCAGGAGGCAUGGUAACUUAUGUGCCAUAUUCUAUGGGAAGGAUGGAGUAUAAUUGGGGACCUGAUGCAGCUUCAUUUAUACCUGAGCGUUGGUUCAAAGAUGGUGUUCUCCAAAAUGAAUCUCCAUUCAAAUUCUCAGCUUUUCAGGCUGGGCCAAGGAUAUGUCUUGGGAAGGACUCUGCAUAUCUCCAGAUGAGGAUGGUGCUUGCUAUUUUGUGCAGAUUUUACAAGUUCAACUUGGUGCCUGGUCAUCCUGUGAAAUACAGGAUGAUGACUUUGUUAUCAAUGGCACAUGGCUUAAAGCUUACCAUAGAGAAACGCCCCUGAGGUGCUUUUACCAAUACAAGUUAUAUAUGUAUAAUGAUAUUCCCAUAAUCAUGAUCACAUAUUUAAGUGAUGGAAUAAAUAAUGAUUUGUAGAA